GAAUGUGGGGGAGGGUCACGUUAUAGCAUAGGUAAAAAAGCGUACGAGUUGUUCUCCAAUGACAGAAGACCUAACCUCAGGGUCUGAUAUUGCCUUUUACCAAAGUUGUAUAUUCGGAGUCCUCCAACGUGGCGAUCUCCUAACUAGCCGAAGAGUGCGAAAAAAAAUCAAAACGACGGGAUUAUUAUGUGAGCAGCCGACAGAAAGUCUGCCAAUCGAAGUUAAGCGGUUUUAAACAAAUCUACGACGACAGGACAACUUCUCACACGAGCAGCACGAUGGAGAAGCCACCAUUGACCAGUGAUGAGGAUGGGUGUGUAUUGGCUGAGAGCCAUUCAGAGGUGGCUCUGGUAUCGGCAGAUGAUGGAGGACCUACGGUUGCUGAUGGGCAGGGGGACGACCGGAUUGCAUGGGACAGCAAGCUGCAGUAUGUUCUUGCUCAAGUGGGCUUCAGUGUUGGCCUGGGCAAUGUUUGGAGGUUCCCCUACCUCUGCCACCAAAAUGGAGGAGGUUCCUUUAUGAUAUUGUAUGUGAUGUUGUUGCUCAUUAUUGGGGUUCCUCUGUUCUUUAUGGAGUUGGCCGCCGGGCAGAGCAUCCGUCAGGGCAGCAUCGGGGUCUGGAAACACAUCUCACCCCGCCUUGCAGGCAUCGGCUACUCUAGCUGCAUGGUUUGUUUCUUCGUGGCCCUGUACUAUAAUGUAAUCAUCGCCUGGUCUCUGUUCUAUAUGGGGAAUUCAUUUCAAUAUCCAUUGCCAUGGGAACAGUGCCCUGUUGAUAUGAUCUCAAACCAGACAGUGAAAGAAUGUGCAGCAAGCUCUCCUACCACAUAUUUCUGGUUCAGAAAGGCUCUGGACAUCUCAGACACCAUAGAUCAGUCAGGAGAAUUUAACCCUGUAAUGACUGGUUGUCUCCUGGCUGCCUGGGCCAUAGUGUGUCUUGCAAUGAUCAAAGGCAUCAAGUCUUCUGCCAGGGUGAUGUAUUUCUCCUCUGUGUUCCCUUACGCUGUGCUGAUCUGUUUCCUCAUCAGAGGGCUUAUGUUGGAUGGAGCUAUUGAGGGCAUUAAAUAUAUGUUUUAUCCUAAGCUGGAGAUUUGGAAGGAAGUUCAGGUGUGGCGUCAGGCUGCCACACAGGUGUUCUUUGCGCUGGGUCUGGGUUACGGCUCUGUAAUCGCUUACUCAUCCUACAACCCUGUGCACAACAACUGCCACCGUGAUGCCUUCAUGGUCUCUGGCAUCAAUUUCAUGACCUCAGUGCUUGCCUCCCUUGUUGUCUUUGUGGUCCUUGGUUUCAGAGCCAAGAAUAUUGCCCUGAACUGUGUUGCAACUAAUGUGGCCAAGCUGGCAGGAAUGGCAACAACAAGUUCAUCACAGCACUGGUGGCCGUGGUUCAACAUGUCUGACCCCAAAUCAGUGGGUCUGCAGGAAUACAGAGAAUGGUACAGCCACCAUGGAACCCUGCUGGGGUCAAAUAUCACCGACUGUGACCUGGAAAGAGAAAUGAGCAAGGGUGUGGAAGGGACCGGCUUGGCAUUUAUAGCGUUUACAGAAGCAAUAACUUUGUUUCCAGCAAGUCCAUUUUGGUCUGCUUUGUUCUUUCUCAUGCUGCUGAAUUUGGGCCUCUCCACCAUGUUUGGCACCAUGCAGGGAAUUCUUACCCCACUCAUGGACAACUUCAGAAUGCUGGGCCGCCACAAGACCAUGUUGACCAUCUGUAGCUGUAUCCUGGGCUUUUUCAUUGGUCUGCUCUUCACUCAAAGAAGUGGCAACUAUUUUGUAACCAUGUUUGAUGAUUAUUCAGCCACAUUACCGCUGAUCAUCGUGGUCAUCUUUGAGACUAUCAGUGUGGCAUGGAUUUACGGUGCUGAUCGAUUCUUAGAUGAUGUGGAAGUUAUGUUACACUGGCGACCCCCGGUGGUGUAUCGCUACAUGUGGAAGUAUGUGUGCCUGCUCAGUAUGGUAGGACUGCUAGCUGCCAGUCUUCUCCGCAUGGUCUUUAAAAAACCCACUUACACAGCCUGGGACCACAACACGGGUUCUGAAACUAGUCUGGAGUACCCUAGCUGGGCUCUGGCAAUGCUCUCCAUGCUAAUCAUUGCAGCAUCUCUCCCUGUGCCCAUUGGUUACCUGCUAUCCUAUUUGAAAGAUGGCCAGAACCUAUCGGUGGAGGCAGCCGAAGCUGAGCGUCAAAGAGAAAGAUACUCCAAAUGCAACUCCACUGAGCCAGUACCAAAUAACCAUCACUCCCCACUGGAUGAAGACAGAAGUCUGCCCUGUUCCACCUUCCUUCCACUGAGUGCUGAGCACUACAGGUUGCUCCCACAACAGGAAGAUGGAGAGGAAGAGGAAGACACAGGGGUAUAAAACAUGAGACCGUAAGAAAUGCAGAAAAAUAGAGGACUAUUUAUUCAUCAGUAUUCUAUUUUUUUGUUAAUGGAGUGGAGGGAGGCAGACUCCAUUUAUUCUCAUUUUGGUAAUGAACAUUCGUGAAAAAUACAUCUGUCAACUACAGCCCUCUAUGAGAGGGACACUUUUUUAUAAGUGUACCAAACGGUUCUUGUAUCCCUCAAUGGACUUAUACUCAUUUAUGUGUCCUAUACCAGAAGUGCCUACACCUUAUAAUUCUCUCAUCAUUUACUCACCCUCAUACCAUCACAGAUGUGUAUGACUUUAUUUUUUCUGCUGAAUACAAACGAAGAUGUUUAGAAAAAUAUCUCAGCUCUAUAGGUCCAUACAAUGCAAUUAAAUGGUGGCCAGAACUUUGAAGCUCCAAAAAGCACAUAAAGGCAGGUAGAUAUUGAAGUCCUUUUUUAUUAUAAAUCUCCAAUUUUGCUUUCAAAUCCACAUUCUUUUGAUUUUGGCAAUUCGCAUUCUUCAUGCAUAUUGUCACCUACUGGGCAGGGAGGAGAAUUUAUAGUAAAAAAGGACUUAAAUAUUUAUCUGUUUCUCACCCACACCUAUCAUAUCGCUUCAGAAGAUAUGGAUUGAUAUGAUUACGUAAUAUGGAUUACUUCAAUUCUGGCCACCAUUCACUUGCAUUGUAUGGACAUACAAAGCUGAGACAUCCUUCUAAAAAUCUUUAUUUGUGUUCAGCAGAAGACAGAAAGUCAUAAACAUCUGGGAUGGCUUGAGGGUGAGAAAAUUAUGAGAUCAUUUUAAUUUUGGGUGAACUAUCCCUUUAAUGAAUAUACACACUUCUACAUCUAAUUACAGCUUCACCAAAUGAAGAGCAGCACCUUCAGUGCAACACAUUGAAAUUAAUAAUGCAAGUAAAUAUAGCUGGUGGAAGACUAUUGGAGGUUUAAAGAUACCAGAGUUAUACUGAUUGGUAGAAUACUAAUAUGAUUUUAUGUAUCCUUUCCUGUAAAGAAAUUGUAUUUUGAGGUUUAAAGAUCAGAUAUGUCUUAGAAUAAGAAACUAUUAGCCAUUAACUUUAUUAAUGUCAGGUUAGUUUUAGCAUCGAUUGAUUACAAUAUCAAGUGUUUAAAUUGUAUUGUUGCAUAGUAUUAUUAGUGGAACACUGAGCGUAGUUAAAUGGAAUGCCAAAAAACAAAGUUAUAUCUGACAUGAAUUAAGUAUAUGAAUAGUUUUCAAUAAUGGUCAAAUAAAACAUUUCCUUUUGUAGAACCACAGGUCAUAGUGUAAAUGACCUGGCUAUCAAAUACUGCAUUUUGCACAAAUAUUAGGUCAAAGCUACUUUGUCCAGCAGGCAACAAAAUUCACAGUUGAGCAUCACCCUCAGGAGAGCUGUGCACCCAAGAUAAACGUGCAUACUGUUAAAUCUGUUCAUGUUCAGGUUUUUACCACCCCACAGGUAAACACAGACUGUCCAUUACCAUUGAUGUAUAAAGCCAUUUCUAAAGGGGGACUAUAGGGGUUAGGUGAAGUGUAUGAAAUUACACUCAAAACUCCAUUGUAAAACAUGACUGUCUGUCAUAAUACCUGUCAUGCCAAACUGUUUAUUUGCUUUGACUGCACACAGAGAAAAAGCUUUGCAUGCGCUGGUUUGUACUGUGAUAUCAAGCUGGAACCGUUAUUAAUUGCUGGUAUGUGGAUCCUCAGGUUGAAUCAUUGAUUUUGCAGGCAUGUGAACUCAAAUACACAAGGCAGCUUCAUUUCUUGCCUCUUAAUGUGGGUGAGGUUGAUAUGGGUGAGGGAAAGUGAGCUUUUGGUCUGUUUCAGGCUGACCAGAAAGAAAGAUUUUAGUCUAUAUUUUAGACUGAUCCACAAGAGAGAGGUUUUAGUCAUUAGACUAAAAAUGAAAGCUUUUGGGUUGUUGUUGUUUGUUUGUUUUUUACAUUUACUAUUAUGCUAUAGUUUAUACUUUGAUUUGUUACAUUAGAUGUUGUUUGCAUGUUCCCUCUUUUGUGAGUAUUCUCUUUGUAUAGUUCAGAUACAGUACCUCUGCUGUACUGUAAUAUUAUACAGCAUGGGUGUGAAUUCUUUAGUGUUUGUUUGUGUAUGUGUGUUAUAACAAUUAUUAUUAUUAUUUGUUUUGUUUUUUGUUAUUUUAAUUUCAAAGUUGUUUUAAGUUGAAGAAUUACUAUAUAUCUGGUCUGUGCCAAAUAAAAGGUUCUUUGAUCAUAGAGGUGAGAUCACAUUAUUUUACAUUAUUUCACCCACAAGAGUGGCAUCUCAGAAUUUGGCUUGACCAGGUCAUACUCUAUGAAUAUUGAGCCCUCCUGAUUUGUAGUUUCUGAAAUAAACGCAAGGUGGCGAUAGACUAUCCAUCAUUUUCUACAUAGGUGAUCAGAUGAUGCCGACAGGGGCGGGUUUACGAUUUCUGAGGCCCCAAGCAACCGACCAACCCGGGCCCCAUUUUGAAAAAGUUAGCUUAAAAAAUUAUAAAUUUAUUUUAAAUCAUAAUUUUAAAUUAAUCCUAUCAGCUGUUGUAGCCAAGUA